AAAAAAAAGGUACGUCGGAUCAUCGAGGGCAUAACCGCGGGGAAAAACAUGCUGUGUCACUCCAAAGACAUCUGAUUCACCGCAAAAAGUUACAGCAGAAGGAGAAUUACGACUUUCCCUGGUGAGUGCAGCAAUUCCAGCUACAGAAACUGAAUUUACCAGAUCAAGAGUCACUUCCUGAUUGUGAUUAUGGCAUCUGCUGACUUCAAGUACGGCCAGAACUGCUCCAUUUGCCUGAACAUCUACACGGAUCCCGUCAUCAUGAGGUGUGGGCACAGCUUCUGCCAGGGCUGCAUUGAUCGUGAGCUGGACACUCAGCAGGAAUCUGGAGUUUACACCUGUCCUGAAUGCAGGAAGCGGUUUCACCAGAGGCCAGUGUUGCAGAAGAACAUGACUCUGUGCCACACAGCAGAAUGUUCAUCCACGUGCCAUGAAGACCAUGAGGCAUCAGGGAUAUUCUGCACUUAUUGCAUUCAUUCUCCAGUACCUGCUAUUAAAUCCUGCCUAUUGUGUGAAGCUUCUCUAUGUGACAGUCACCUGAAGGUCCACAGCAAAUCCCCUGAACACCUCUUGUCGGAACCCACCACUUCUUUUGGAAAGAGGAAAUGUUCCACACACAAGAAGAUCCUUGAAUACUACUGUUCCAAGGACGCUGUUUGCAUCUGCGUAUCCUGCAUUGCUUUUGGAGAACAUAAAGGACACUAUGUGGAGCCUAUCAAUGCCGCUUUUGAAAAGAAGAGAGACAAACUAAUACAUGUUUUGGAAAAGCUGACCACAAAGAAGAAGAAAACAGAGAAACGAGUCAAGAACUUGCAAAAACGAAGGACAGAUGUGCAAGAAAAAGCAGCUGGGGUGACAAAGCAGGUCAAUGUCCUGUUUAGGGAAAUUCGAGAACAGCUGGAUCUUCUGGAGAAAAGAGUCCUCAGUGAAAUCUCCAACUGGGAAGAACAGGUGUCACACACAGUCUCUAACCUGAUCCUGCAGCUGGAGGUAAAGAAGGACGAGCUGUCCAGAAAGAUGUUUGACGUUGAAGAGCUGUGUCACAUGAGCGAUCCCGUCACUGUAUUACAAGGAAAAGGAUCCUUAAGAGAUGACUUUUAUGACCGUCAGGAAGGAGAUGAUGAAGACAGAGAGAGAGAAGAUAAGAAGGUCCACGAGGCAGGAGAUCUAGAUGAAUGUCUAAUUUCAGCGGCCUUACAUGCUGGAUUGGCUGACAUUAUGACGGGUGUGAAGAGAGGGAUUUAUGUGUCCGAGUCUCUGGAUAUUUUACUAGAUCUAAACACGGCUGGUAAUUAUGUCAUGGUGUCAGGAGAUCUGAAAAGUGUGUCCUGGUCAGAUCUAAAUCAAUGUCGUCUCGAAACCCCAGAGAGAUUUCAGUAUUGUCAGGUAUUGAGCACCCGGAACUUCUCCUCAGGGCGACAUUACUGGGAGGUGGAGACCAGCGAGUCAGGAGACUGGAUGAUCGGGGUGUGUUACCCCAGUAUAGACAGGAAAGGCGUCCAGUCCUAUAUUGGAAACAACAACAAGUCUUGGGGUUUAUGUAAAUUUAAUAAUGAAUAUUCGGCCAUACAUUCCAGUGACGUCAGCCAGAUAUCUCACUACGUCUCCUCCCAGAGUUUCAGGAUAUAUCUGGAUUAUGAGGCUGGACAGUUAUCCUUUUACGAGUUACAAGGACCCAUUCGACACCUGCACACCUUCUCUGCUAUCUUCACCGAACCCCUCCAUGCUGUGUUUUAUGUUUGGGGUGACUGGGUAAGAGUUAAGAGCUAGAAUAUUUACUGGUGGCUCCAUAUGGUCCUGUAUAUCCUAUAUAUGCCCAGUGCGAGAUUUCUGAAAAUUAUGUAUAGUUAUUUAUGAAAACUAAGGCAAAACAUAAGAGAAGUUGAAUAUUUGCAAAUAAGGCCUCUUGUGUUGACCUAUGAGAGGGUAGAUUAGUUUUAUCACCAGAUAUCAUAGCUCCUGGCCAAUAUGGCCUCCUACAUUGAUAUAGGAGAGGAAGGAUAGAUUGUUUCCAUUAUUUGGAGCAUAGUGCCUGGUUAAUAUGCCCUCUUACAGGAGAGGAUGUAUUGGUUCCAUCACUCAGAGCCACCGCCAGAUAGAAUAGUACCCGACCAAUAUGACCUCCUGCUUUCAUAUAGAAGAUGAAGGAUUGAUUAGGUCCAUUACUUGGAGCCACCACCAGAUAGCAAAGCACCUUGCCAGUAUGGCCUCCUACAUCAAUAUAGGAAAGAAGGAUGGAUUGUUUCCAUCACUUGGAGCCACCACCAGAUAGCCUUGCGCCUAGCAAAUAUGGCCUCCUAGAAUGCUAUAGGAGAGGAAGGAUGGAUUAGUUCCAUCAUUUGGAACCACCACCAGAUAGCAUAUCGCCUGGCUAAUAUGGCCCCCUACAUCAAUUAAGGAGAGGAUGGAUUGGUUCCAUUAUUUGGAGCCACCACAAGGUAGAAUAGCAGCUGGCCAAAAUGGCCUCCUACACUGUCAUAGGAGAGGAAGGAUGGAGUAGUUUCAUCACUUGGAGCCACCACCAGAUAGCCUAGCACCAAGCCAAUAUGGCCACCUGCGUCAAUAUAGGAGAAGAUGGAUUGGAGCCAUCACUAGAUAGAGUGGCACCUGGCCAAUGUGGCCUCCUACAUCGGUAUAGGAGGUGAAGGAUGGAUUGGUUUCAUAAUCUGAUGCUGCCACCAGAUAGAAUAGCAGCUGGCCAAUGUGACCUUCUACAUUGAUAUAGAAGGGGGAGUAUGGAUCGGUUCCAUCACUUGGAGCCAACACCAGAUAGCUGAGGGUCAGUUGUGAGGCUUUAAAGACACCAGUGACUGAGCUUGGUUGCUGGUACAGAAUAUUCUAAUUGACUUACCAGUCGAUCAUUCUCAUUCAUUCAGCUGCAGAUGGUUAUGCUUACCUUUUCCAUCUUCCACUACUGUUGUUCUGACAUGGUCCCUGCAGUGCUCCACUUCCUGCUCCGGUCCCGAUAUGGCAGGAAAUGGAUGUGAAUGCCAUUCAGCCAAUGCCAUUCAGGAAGUGGAGCACAGUGUCAAUCGGCACUGUUAACAAUAGUAAUGGCAGCGGAUCGGUGAGUUUAGUAUCUGUUAUUUUUGAAGCAUUAGCAGCUUGUGGAAAAGCUUUUUUAAAAAUUCUAAUGGAUCACCGCUUUAAGUUACCCAUACUAUUAGCCGAAAGCUAUAUUGUCCGACCCCCCCCCCCCCUUCAUACACAUGCAUGCUUGGCUGAUGCACAUACGUGUUUUCAAUGGCAAGAGAGCAGAAAGUCGCUGCUUUAUCUCCCAGGACAGGCAUGGCCAACCUGCAGCUCUCCAGCUGUUGUAAAACUACAACUCCCACCAUGCUCUGCUGUAGGCAGUCUGGGCAUGCUGGGAGUUGUAGUUUUGCAACAGCUAGAGAGCAUCUGGUUGGCCAUCCCUGUCCCAGUAGAACAAAAGGCACUAAAAUGCAAUACACUCGAUCUGCAUGGAGAUCCCCGUACACAUGAGAUAGCGGGUGGGCCCAGACGAAAUUGAUACCUUCUGAUGACGAUAAUCUAAUGUGUAUAGGGAUCUUCAGCUGUAUCCACCCUCCAGUCCUCCAUGAUUUCUGCUUGCGCCUCCAGUAGACAUAUUAGAUACACUUCUGUAUCAUUCCAGUUCCUCCCGUUGUAUUGCGCGCUGUGCUCUUCAGCUCUCAACCCCCCUUCUGUAUAUUGCAUAGACUGGGGAUAUCCCAGACUUUUUGGCUGCACAUCUGGUUUCUACGCCUUCAUCUUUAUAUAUUUUAUAUAUCACCAUUCACUUCAGUCUAGUGGACGUUAACUAUAGCUUCACUGUGCCGUGUUAUAAGGAUUUCCAGGACUGAAAUAAAAUUAUUCUGGGACAAACAGCGCCACGCCUGUCCAUGGGUUGUGUCUGGUAUUGCAGCUCUGCUCUGUUGAAGUGGAGGAGCUGCUGUUUGUAUAAGAAAUCAGCCAUGGUCAGCAAUUUUACACAUUACACCCAAUGGAACUAGUGAAUUAUAAGAACCAGGCCGGUUUUAGUGUAGUGGGAGCAUUCCACCUUCUGAGGGACCAUGGUCUCCCAGUCAUCAGCUUGAGUACUUUCUGAGAACAUUGUCUCCCAGUCAUCAGUUUCUGUAAUUCCUGAGAAAACAUGGUCUCCCAGUCAUCAUCUUGUGAACUUUCUGAGAGAACAUGCUCUGGUGGUAAUCAGCUUGUGCACUUUCUGAGAGAACAUGAUCUCCUGGUCAUCAUCUUGUGCACUUUCUGAGAGAACAUGGUCUCCUGGUCAUCAUCUUGUGCACUUUCUGAGAGAACGUGAUCUCCUGGUCAUCAUCUUGUGCACUUUCUGAGAGAACAUGGUCUCCUGGUCAUCAUCUUGUGCACUUUCUGAGAGAAGAUGGUCUCCUGGUAAUGACCUUCUGCUCUUUCUGAGAUAACAUGGUCUCCUGGUCAUCUGUGCACUUUCUGAGAUAACAUGGUCUCCUGGUCAUCAUCGUGUGCACUUUCUGAGAAAACGUGGUCUCCUGGUCAUCAUCUUGUGCCCUUUCUGAGAUAACGUGGUCUCCUGGUCAUCUGUGCACUUUCUGAGGGAACAUGGUCUGCUGGUAAUCACCUUGUGCACUUUCUGAGACAACAUGGUCUCCCAGUCAUCAUCUUGUGAACUUUCUGAGAGAACAUGCUCUGGUGGUAAUCAGCUUGUGCACUUUCUGAGAGAACAUGCUCUCCUGGUCAUCAUCUUGUGCACUUUCUGAGAGAACAUGGUCUCCUGGUCAUCAUCUUGUGCACUUUCUGAGAGAAGAUGGUCUCCUGGUAAUGACCUUCUGCUCUUUCUGAGAUAACAUGGUCUCCUGGUCAUCUGUGCACUUUCUGAGAUAACAUGGUCUCCUGGUCAUCAUCGUGUGCACUUUCUGAGAGAACAUGGUCUCCUGGUAUUUAGCUUGUGCACUUUCUGAGAGAACAUGGUCUCCUGGUCAUUAUCUUGUGCCCUUUCUGAGAGAACAUGGUCUCCCGGUCAUCUGUGCACGUUCUGAGAGAACAUGGUCUCCUGGUCACCAGCUUGUUUGUCACAUUUUGCUGCUGAGCUUUUUGUAUAUGGUGAAGUCUCAUAGAAAUGAUUGUGUUAUUAAACUCAUGAUAUAAA